GCGGUCGGACCUGAAGCCGCUGGAUCGGGAAGGGAUGCGGUUGUCCAGAUCCUUCUGGAGGGGGCUUUGGGGAGGACGGGAGGCCAAGAUGCUUCAGCCGCUACUGCCCCUCAGACUCUGUCCUCCCUCCUCCUACCCUCCCCCUUGCAGAAAUGCCGGGACGUGGGGCCGCGCAGGGGCCGAGCAUAUGUGACACCUGGCGUUUCCCGGUGGCUUCCAGACUCUACCACUCUCUCUCCCAACUCCUCAUGCUAAUCUCCUGCCUUCCAGAUGUUUAUUUUCAUCAGUCUAUCGCUCCUUGCCUGCAGUAGUGUACUCAGAAGUUGGAGAUGAAUUUUCAAACUUUAGCCCUGUGUUAAAAGUCCCUGAGCCACAGUAUUUCUUCUACUGGCUUCUGGUCUUAAGGAUCAGUGUGACACCAAUAAAAAGAAAGGAGGUGGACGUCUGUUGAAUUCCUGCAUGGCCAAGGACCGAGCAAACUGCUGCCCCAUCGAAUCCUCAUUACUUGGUGUUCUUAGAACUCCCAUUUCACAUCUUAACCUCGCAGACAUUAACUUAGCAGCAAGAGAGAUUCAAGCCUUCCUAGCUCCAAAGUAGGAACUUGAACCCAGACACUUCCGGUCUGGAUUCUGGCUGUACUGUUGGGCUGCCAAACCCCAAGCACCAGAUCAAGUACUUCUUCUUUUCCAGCUGAGAAUCCUUUUCACAUCCCCUUUGCUAGUGCAGAGUGCUUCUCCCUUGGUUAUUUCAGAAACGAAAUCAAGCAAGCAUUUCUUCAGUGCUCUAAGGAGCAGGUGCUCCACGGAGGCCCAGACCCCUCUGCUCCCCAUGGGCAGCUGCCAGGCAGGGCACAACCUGCAUCUCUGUCUGGCUCAUCACCCACCUUUGGUCUGUGCCACUUUGAUCCUCCUGCUCCUUGGCCUCUCUGGCCUGGGCCUUGGCAGCUUCCUCCUCACCCAUACAUCUGGCCUACGUAGCCCUGACAUUCCUCAGGAUUGGGUUUCCUUCUUGAGGUCUUUUGGCCAGCUGAGCCUGUGCCCCGUGAACGGGACAGUCACAGGGACUUGGCGAGGGCCUCACAUCGUCGGCUUACUGACUACUUUGAACUUCGGAGAUGCUCCAGAUAGGAACAAAACCCAAACAUUCCAAGCCAAGGUCCAUGGUAGUCAGAUAGGAUUGAAAGGUUCCUCUGCAGGAGAGUCUAUCCUCGUCACAGCCAGAGUGGCCUCAGGAAGGGCUCCAGAGACCUGCCUCUAUUUCAGUGCUGUUCCAGAAAUCUUGCCCUCUAGCCAGCCACCUAUAUCCUGCUCAGAGGAGGGAGCUGGAAAUGCUACCUUGAGCCCAGUGAUGGGUGAAGAGUGUGUCAGGGUCUGGAGCCACGAACGCUUUGUGCUCACCAAGCUCCUUACUUCGGAACUGCAUGCAGGAGGAGCUAGCUCUGUGUGGCACCAGACUGCUGGUCCUGGGCUCGUUCCUGCUCCUCUUCUGUGGUUUUCUCUGCUGUGUCAGUGCUGUGUGCUUCCAUCCACGCCCAGAGUCCCACUGGUCCAGAACACGGCUUUGAGGGCACCAGCCUGCUCCUUACUCUGUUCUCAGGUGAAGAUCACAUUCUUGGGCCUACUUCUGAGUUUAGAAGACCUAUUACAAAAAGCAAAGAUCUGGAUGGGGGAAAAUAAAUGGCUUUUUGAUCACUGUCGUGUAAGGCAAGCUCCCAAUCUCAGGGCCCCCAGGGGCCAUCAUGCCAGCUGGGGGCCGGGCCGGGAGCCUGAAGGACCCUGAUGUAGCUGAGCUCUUCUUCAAGGAUGACCCUGAGAAGCUUUUCUCUGACCUCCGG